UAUUUUAUAAUGUCAAAUUAAAUUUUCUGGUUAAGCAAAAUCAAAUCCAAUUUUCUAACUCGAAUUAAUCGAAAAUUUCCUGAUUUAUCUGUAGGACAAGGAAUUAAUACGGUCCCAAAAAAUCUCUAUUAUUAGCAAAAAGGCAUCAUGAGAAACUUAGACUAAAACAUAAAAUCAUAUUUCAUAUCAACGUCACAUCACCAUAUAAUAUAGUCAACAAAUUUAGAUAGUCGGCAGAUUGCAAAGUUGACACAUAAAAUAACACAAAAGGCCCAAACUACUCCACACACUGUAAUUACGCAAACCAAAAAAAAUUGCCAUUUGCUUCAAUAACAAUGGUCGAUACAUCAAUUUUACGGCGCACGAUACGUCCCCAUCUCGCUACUUUCCUCGUCAGCGCACGUUAGCACCUCCACGCGCUGCAUUAUCAUUGGCCGUUGCUCGUUGCAUAAAAGGCGUUAGGUUCCGGAUUCGAGGGAGGUGUCGCCCACUCGCCACCGCUCUUACGUUGCUUCUUUUGUCGAUCGUCGAAUUCCACAGAUCAGGCGGAUAUGGGCGAAGAAGAAGACUCCGUGACGGUGGAUCAGAACAGCUGCGACGGUGCAGAUUCGUCGACAUUGCCACCACCGCCGCAGCUUUCUUCCAAAGUGCUCACAUUGCCCACCGUGUUAACCCUCGGCCGCGUAGCCGCCGUUCCGAUCCUCGUCGCGACGUUUUACGUUGAUUGCUGGUGGGGGAGAACUGCUACAACAAGUCUUUUCAUUGCAGCUGCCAUUACAGAUUGGCUUGACGGGUAUCUUGCUCGGAAGAUGAGAUUAGGUUCUGCUUUUGGUGCUUUUUUGGAUCCUGUGGCUGAUAAGCUUAUGGUAGCAGCAACUUUGAUUUUGCUGUGCACGAAACCUAUGGACGCCGUUGUUGUCUUAGGACCAGUUCCAUGGUUAGUGACAGUACCUUCCAUUGCCAUUAUUGGUAGAGAGAUUACUAUGUCAGCAGUAAGAGAAUGGGCUGCAUCUCAAAACGGCAAGCUUUCGAAGGCUGUUGCUGUAAAUAGCUUGGGGAAGUGGAAAACUGCAACGCAGAUGAUAGCGCUGACCAUACUGCUUGCAAGCCGGGAUAGCAGUUUUGAGAGGCUAUUACCGUCGGUAUAUACAAAUAUAAUGGAAGAUUGCCCAGCCUCAUUUUUUUACCUCUCUUCUUGAAGAAAGCUGGUCAAUCUCUCUCUUAUCUGGAUACAAGACUCUUAUGAUGCUUUAGUUCUGUUUUCAACUUUGGGCACUGGGACCAUAGUUGGUUUGGUUCUGUAUAAUAUCACUGAAUCACGUUGCUGCUAGCCUCGCCACAAACUGGAUUUUAUCGAAGCAGUAACAAUGCAAGGAAAGAGAAAGCAAGCAGGUGCAGUUUCAUUCUAGUUUGUCGGCUUGUUUGGUCUCAUGAACUCUCAGGUUAUGAAAAACAGUUGUUGCCCGUGUCCCUCGAUACAAUAUAAAUGAUAUAUAAAACAAAUCUUUGGUUACAA